AGCAAGUGGUGAGGCCGGUGGUGAAAUGCCUCUUAUCGAAGUCUUUUCGUCUUUUCGUUAUCACAAGUGAUAAGAUCUAUGCUGGAAAAGUGGUUGUGUUUGCGGAGCGGUUUAGUGUUCAUAGAAAACGGCCUGUUUUUUUUUUUUUUUUUUUUUUUUUUUUUUUUUUUUUAUAAAUCAUUAAUAUUCUUAUCAAUGUUAAAGUUGUGAUUCACGUACGUUGACGUCAUGGUUUUACGAUAAGACGUUCAAAAAGUGUCUUCCUUUUUAUCGGCGUUCAAAGUGUAACGGAAACGACUUACAAAUGUGUGUGCUUUCAGAAAAAUAAGAAAGUGGAGAGCCAUGUAGCAGGUGGAGCGGAAAAGAAACCAAAAGUAAUUUUACGAAGGAAAUAUCAACGAAGAUGAAAGAUAAUUUUGUCGUCUGGGGAUCCAGGUCCUGAGAAGUAAUGGCAGAGACACAAUCUGGGAAAUGAUAACGAUCUCAUUACAUGAUACUCCUCAGAUCUACCACUUAUGCCAAUGUACUAGAAACAACAAUAAAGAAAAUAAAAGCAAAUCAACGAGAGAGAAGUAGGACGGUUGCGAGAGGCGAUAUGCAGAGAGCGUGACAGGCAGGACUAGACAGUGUCACAACGAUUGCCUUACUGAAGGCCACCAUGCUGCUGCUGGCUGCUGUUGCGGUGACUCUCUGCGCCUCGUCCGCCGCACUCGCCCCAGGAUGCCAGGUGUCGGGCCGCGUGACGGUGCCGUGGGACUGGUUCAUGGUGGAGGGCGGAGCUUGGGUGCCUCACAAUUCCCAGAAGUUCGCACAGCUGCAGGUGUCGUUUGGCGGCGACCCUGAAGCCUCCGACUUCAAGGACACCCUUAACCUUUUCACGGAUUCCGUCAUCCUGACGGAGGAACGGGAAUCGCGGCAGGACUACUUGGUGGAGUACGAGGAGGUGGUGCCCGAGGGAUGGCUCUCGUUCGGGCUCGAGGUGGCACCCGACUACCGGCUGUACAGGAAGACGAAGAAUGGCAGUCAAGUCCAGCUGUUUAAGAGAGCCCUGGCCCUUCCCGUGCGUGAGGUCGUUAUUUCUGGAAGCAACAUUACCCUCGGAUGUGACGCAGAUUGGUACGCCUGGCGCGUGGACGGCGGAAGCGUUGUGGUGCCCCUGACGCCUGGAGGCAACCAGAUGGUGGCGGUCUAUUCCAAUCGCCCUUUUACGCCCAUGCUCGUCCUAGGUGGUCGAAAUAUCACGGUGACAGCGAAGCAGGAGAACGCUCUGUCUCCUUACACGAGACACGAGUUCUCCAUCGAAUGCUCUGUCGCGACGGCGGGUGUCAGGGAUAACGUGGUCUGCGGGGUUAAGAGGAACGGCGAAGUAUUGCAGCGGCUCGAGAUGCCAACCUUGCCGGGCACAGUGACACUCGAAGGCACAGGGCAGCCGCAGUAUUUCUUCCUCCAGCAGCCCGAGCCCCUCGUGGUGGUUCCUUCCCCUUCCACCCGACCGGUGUCCCCGCCGCCGCCACCUCCUGCCACGACGCCGAUGACAGUUGGGCCCGCCGUGGGCUGGAGUGGCUGGUGGGCGGCGCUGGCAGUCAUCCUCGCUAUCCUGCUUGGUUUCGUCGUCGUCAUGUGUGUGAUUUCUCAUUAUCAUCGACCCAAGAUCCAGAAAUACUUUGAAGGGUUCAACCGCAUAGUUGACCUAGAAGAACCGGAGGACGUGGAGGGACAGCCGCUCAUGAACCAGGAACCGGAGGUGGAGCUCAGGAGACCAAAGCUGCUGAGGUCGACUUCGAUAGUGAACACGGAGGACCCUGACACUGUGUUACCGCUGCGCCUGUGGAACGCUGUGGCGUCAGGUGAGCAGGAGGAAGUGGAGCAGGUCCUCGUGACCUUGGCGCCAGACCCCGAGAAGGCCGUCGAGGGCUGGACCACCUCGCCCUACGAGGAAGCGCACCACCGAGGACACUAUUACGUGCUGAGGACACUCGAGGAGUUCAUGGAGAAAGAGCCCGAAGUUCCUCAAAGCGACUUGAUUCUCAGUGUCAUGCAGACACACACCCGCAACGUUGAGUCAGUGUUCGAGGCGGCGCGCGGAGGCCAGUAUCGGUACGGGGGCGGCGUGGACGUCCUCUUGAGGGCACACAGCCUCCCCGGCACUCUGCAGGACCAGUUCGGGUAUUCCCUUCUCCACUACGCCGCCUCCGUCAAGCUGGCUGACGGAGGGCCCCUGUGGUUGGCGGCCGAUAUCAGGAGCCUCGUCGAGAGCCACCAGGUCUUUGUGAAUGCCGUCGAUUACAAGGGCCGCACCGCCCUCCACGCCCUCGCCGAAGCCGCCAGUGUGAGCGAGCGCAACACCUGCUGGGACGGCAAGGCGCUGAGCGUGAACCAGGCGUGGGUCAGUAUGGCGGCGCUGGUGCUAAGGCUCGGCUGCGACCCGCGUGUCCCCGACCGCCGCAACCACCACCCGGAUCAGCUGGCUAGGGCGGCGGGAAACCUUAUGCUGGCGGAGGAACUGGCCAAGGCCUCGCAGCGCUUGGGCGCCGUCAACUCGACGGAGAAGCUGAGUCAGUUUAAGGACCUGGCGAAGGCGGCCAAGUACGGCGACGUGCAUACUAUGCAGAGUUUGCUGAUGGAGGCCGUGCCCGUGCUGCCCCUCGGCGCCCGCGCCGACCCGCUCCUGGAGGCCGUGCAGGGAGGGCACAGGGACGCCGUGUUUCUCCUGUUCAGUGCCGGCGCCCCCCUCUGCGCGCAGGGCCUCGUAGGCAACACGCCCUUCGAGGUCGCGCACAGCACCAAGGGGUUGCCGGCGCUCUUCCCGGCGCUUGUCAGGAAGGCUUUCAGCGACAAACUGCAGGUAGAAAUAUCGCAGCUAGCGUGCGCGGACCAAGACGAAAUCGACCUGAAGAAUGGCUUGGACACUUUGAAGACUAUCGCCGAAAAUUCGGGCCACAGGCUGGAGGAAGAGCUGAGGACCUGGUUCCACAACAGCAGCUCCCUCAACUACACUAAGCUGUUGGCGAAGGCGGCCGGUAUGGGACUCACCCUCACCUGCCAGUUGCUGGGCGUGGCAGGGGUGCGCCUCAACGCCCUUCCAGGAGAGGUUCCUCCCCUGGAGCUGGCCCUCAGCAGGCGCCACCACGACACCGCCUACGCUCUGUGUCGGGACCUGAGGAUGAACCCCUAUGCCACGGAAUGCGAGGCAAGGGACGUUUCUCAGCGGCUCGUCAACGACCUCCUGGACAGCGAACUCAUGCGUUUCGAGAGGAAGCUGCAGAAAACUGGCAUUGACAAGAUGACUUCCGAAAACUUGAUGACGUAUGCGAGGAGUGUGAAGGAAAAGCAGCAACUCCGCGAACCAACAAAGAACUUCCUCUAUCUGCUGGCGGAACUGAGCCUUGUCACGAUCCUGCACCGGUUGCGGAAACAGUGCCCAAGUUUAGGUAUAGACACAUUAGUGCACGAGGGAGUAGGAGCUACCAUGUUGCAUGUGGCUGCUGCAUACGGUAAGACGAACAUGGUUGAAUAUCUGCUUUUCCAAGGGGCCAGUCAUACAAUAAGGACUUAUAGUGGACUCACGCCUGUCCACUUUGCAGCCACACGAGGCUACAAGGAAUGCAUGGAAUACAUAAUAAAUUACACGGGUGAAGAACCAGACCUAAACCAUGGCUUGAGUCCGAACGAUGUUUUACAAGACUUUGCCGAAAACAUAAAGAACUGUCAUCUAGAUGUGCUGUCGAAGGAAGAAGCGACAGCGAUAGCAAGCGCGAAUGGGAAUCAUCUGAGGGCGAAGCUCAUGCUGGCGAAGAGGUGCGAGGUUCUGGGAAUAAGGAGUGUGCAAGACAUUCAGGAGAUUAUCGAAAAAGAACAGAAAAUAAUCGAAACCAUGAAUUUUUCGGAGAUCAAGAGUAUUAUUGAGAAAGAUGUGAGUGUUUUUUUAAAUGAGAUUACUCAAAUAGAUCCGCGUUUUUCGGGUAAACUUGUAUCGUUUUGCUCAACCAGUGAAAAGAACGAAUUUUUCUUGCCAGAUGAUUUUGAGUUCUACGUUGAGCUUGAGGAUUACCACGCCCUCCAAGGCGGGUGCAUAACAGUUAUCGAUAAGGCUGGGAAGGAGGCCAAAGACGGGGAAGAAGUCUUCCGCUUGACAUCCACUCGAGAUGCAGACAUAUUUGAAGUCUCGAGAUUUAAAGAUUCCUUUUACAAAGCUGCCCAAGAAGCUCUCGGCAAGACAGCAUUCAAAAACCUAGCUUUAGUGCCACCGUUCUUCACGCAUUCAUUAGUAGGGGUUUCGCUGUUUGCUCUGUAUUUGGGCAAACCUCGAGCCACUCUGGUGCGUGUGUCCGUUACCCCCGUCAUUAAAGUGCCGGUGCCACACGAGCACCAAUGGCAGCAUCUGCCGGAGAGGCUGCAAAACCCCCAGAACGAAAAGGGCCACGAACACCUUGCUAACACAGCAGAAGGGACAUGGAUAUAUCUCUUUAAUUUUAUGCACGAACAUAUUAUAUCUUCUCUGAAGAAGGAAGAGCUGAUAGUCUUGCAAACUUGCGUGUUCUUCUGCAAGCUCCUUAAGGCCUACUGGUGGCUGCCAAAACGCGAGCAGCGACGUUAUGGCUGUGUGUGGCAGACAUCUCCUCUGGGCGUGGACGUGCCGAGCCCCCGGACUCUGAUCACCCUCUUCUUGGCGGAGCUAAUGGAAGAAGGAGAAGAGGUCCUGAGGAAGGAGGUCUUCGUCGAGAAGGUGAUCUCGGUCUUGCGGAGAGCACCCAAGCCAGAGAAAUUCUCAGGGUCCUUUAAGUCGUCACAGCGAAGGCAUCCGAUCGUUGUUGGAGAAGUGCGUGCCAUAAUGUUCUUCCUGAAGGGCAUACAGUGAACACCCAGACGUCAAGAACGACACUUUGAUGAAAUACAGGCUCUGUGUUGUAGGAACACUGUAAAGCCGAAUUUGUAGAAAAAAGGCUUACAAAGAUAUAGGCUGUGGAUUGUUGGCUGUAGCAAUUUCGAGAGUGACAGCAGUUUUACCCGGCCAUUAGAUAUGGCAAUUAUCACAUUCGUAUACGUAAUGAGAGGACUGGAAAAGAACAUCAUUAAAGUUUGUUUUUUUUUAAUUAUGAAUCACACAAGGUGCACAACUACCCAAACCAGAAGUAAUGAGGUCCUCAAGUCAGUGUCAGAAAUUCUUCUCCAAGAGAGAUCACAAAUUAUGUUCUCUGUCUUUUCUUUCAGAGUUGUCAAGUCCAUAUCCAAUAAUGUUAUUUUCUAGUCAUAAGUGAAUUUUCCAAUGCUCAAAUGAUUGUGUAAAUGCCAAAUAUAUAUCCACUCUA